AUGGAUCGUUCACUGUUUCCUCUGCUUAUAGAUUGGCUCUAUCUGAUAAAUGUGCUUCUCCAAAUUCCAUUUGGAAAUAUUUGGCAUAUACCUACAACUCCAAAGGUCCAGUUUUUCUUGUGGAAGUUUUUGCAUGGGCGUCUCCCAAUCCCAGACCUUUUAAACAAAUGGGGAUUCAAUUUACCUUCUGUCUGCUUAAGAUGCUUACAUCCUGCUGUAGACGUCAAUCAAAUCUUUAGGGAUUGUGUGUUAGCAUCUCAAAUUUGGUUGACAACUGGACUUCAAUCGCUUACUCAGUUUGAAGAUUUCCAAGAAGCUCCAACUCUUGUUCGCAUGUCUCAUGACUUUGCCAUUGAUUUUAUUUCUGCUUCACCUUCUGCUUAUUCUCAACAACAGAUUUUUCAUGUUUCAUGGGCUCAUCCUCUUGUUGGCUUUGUUAAAUUCAAUGUGAAUGGAGCCUCUUUGGGAAAUCCUGGACUUUCUGGUAUUGGAGGCAUCUUGGGUACUCUAAUAUCUGGAUUGAGAGUGACAAUUUGA